CCUCCCUCCCUCUCUUGCUCUCUCUCUCUCCCUCUGUCUCUCGCCUCCUCCCUUCGGUCAGUCCAGCAGCUUUUCCUCCUCCAGCAGCAGCUCCUCCAUCUGCUCCCUGUUCUGUGGCCGUGUGCGGACCGUACUGCUGUGGAGCCCCGGUGUCUGACAGGUGAACUCACCUGAGAAAGACGGAAGUUUUCUGCAGGAUCUUCUCUGGAUACUCUGUCAGUUUUUCUGUUGAUCACGAUGAAAAGAGCCGAGAGCAGCUCAGGUUCUGAUUGACCCGAUCUGAACCAAGACAACCCACUACGCAGAAAUGUUCUGGAGGAGGGAGGCCUGGACUCUUCUGAUGGUUCUGCUGGUUCUGUUGGACCCGUCCGCCGGGCGUGAGCCUCGGCGGCCUGGGUUGAGGCGGCGCCACGCCAUGGACCAGGAGAGACGGCGCCCGUGGAAGAACAUCACGCUGGCGGUGAUCCUCCCUCAGAACGCCAGGUACCCCUGGGCCUGGCCUCGGGUUGGACCCGCCGUGGAGCGGGCCGUCAGAACCGUCAACUCUGACCCGACCCUGCUGCCCGACCACCGCCUCAGCUACGUGUUCAACAGCAGCGAGGACAGGAACGGGAUCUGCUCCGAGUCGGUGGCUUCACUGGCGGCGGUGGACCUGAAGCUGGCCCGCGACCCGUGGGCGUUCAUCGGCCCCGGCUGCUCCUACGCCGCCGCGCCGGUCGGCCUGUUCACCGCCCACUGGGACGUGCCCAUGAUCACGGCGGGAGCCACGGCCGUGGCGUUCUACAACGGCGUCUACCCCUCCAUCACCAACACGGGCCCCACCCACAAGAAGCUGGGCCGGUUCGGCCUGCGGGUCUGCCUGGAGUCCGAGUGGAGGGAACACGUGGCGCUGGUGUUCAGCGACCACAAGUAUGACGACCGGCCGUGCUACUUCGCCAUCGAGGGUCUGUACGAGGAGCUGAAGGCGUUCAACAUCAGCACCCAUCACAGCGUGUUCGAGGAGAAGGAGAUCGACUUCGCGCAGAUCCUCGCCGACAUCCAGAACAGCGGACGCGUGAUGUUCGUCUGCUGCUCCGCUGAUGUCUUCAGGAAGCUGCUGGUCCACUUCUGGCGGGCCGACCUUCCUCAUCAUGAGUACGUCUUCCUCUUCAUCGACCUGUUCGCCGACAGCCUGAGCUCCGGAGGCCGGUCGCCGUGGGAACGAGGCGACGAAGACGAUGCCGCAGCCAAGGAGGCCUUCCAGGUUGUGAAGUUUCUGACCUAUCAGGAGCCUCAGAGCUACGCCUACCAACAGUUUGUCUCCAACCUCAAGAUGGACGCCAGGAACUGGUUUAACUACAGCAUGGACGACUCUCUGAUGAACAUCAUCGCCGCAGGGUUUUAUGACGGCCUCAUGAUUUACGCCCGCGCUCUGAAUGAAACUAUGGCGGCUUCAGGUGCCAGACCGCCGGGGAGAAACAUCACCGCCAAGAUGUGGAACCGGACCUUUACUGGUGUGGCAGGUCCGGUCCAGUUGGACGUGAAUGGGGACCGGGAGAUGGACUACGCUCUGUGGGACUGGGACUCCAACCGCAGCGCCUACCGGGUGGUUCUGACCUACCGCAGCUCAGAGCAGAACUUGACCAAGGUACCCGGGUCGGCCCGGUUCUGGCUGGGUGGAACCAGACCUCUGGACGUUCCCUUCUGCGGCCUGAAGAACGACAACCCAAAGUGCCUCACAAGAACCAUCACCGUCCACCAGAUGGCGUCCAUCCUGGUCUGCUUCCUCAUCACCAUGACGACCACCGUCGCCAUCUUCAUCUACAGGAGGCUGAGGCUGGAGCGGGAGCUGGUGGCUCAGCUAUGGCGAAUCUCGUGGGAAGAUUUGCACAUGAGCAGCAUGGAGAAGGUUCUGCGGAGCGGCAGCCGGGUCACCCUGUCGCUGAGAGGCUCCAACUACGGAUCCUUGAUGACCGGAGACGGAAACCUGCAGGUGUUCGCCAAGACUGGCUACUGCAAGGGGAACAUCGUGGCCAUCAAAUACUCCAACAGGAAGCGGAUUGAGCUGAACAGGAAGGUUCUGUUUGAACUCAAACACAUGAGAGACGUCCAGAAUGAACACCUGACCCGGUUCAUCGGGGCGUGCAUCGACCCGCCGAACAUCUGCAUCGUCACCGAGUACUGUCCCCGAGGCAGCCUGCAGGACAUCCUGGAGAACGACAGCAUCACCCUGGACUGGAUGUUCAAGUAUUCGCUCAUCAACGACAUUGUGAAGGGAAUGGUUUUCCUUCACAACAGCGUCAUCGUCUCUCACGGUAAACUCAAAUCGUCUAACUGCGUGGUGGACAAGCGCUUUGUCCUCAAGAUCACCGAUUAUGGCCUGACCAGCUUCCGAUCUGACCUGGACUGCGGCAGCGACGCUCACGCCUACUACGCCCAGAAGCUGUGGGUGGCUCCAGAGCUGCUGCGGAUGGAAUCUCCGCCUCCUCAGGGGACGCAGAAAGGAGACGUGUACAGCUUUGGGAUCAUCCUGCAGGAGGUGGCGCUGCGCCGAGGAGCCUUCUACCUUGAGGGGGCGCUGCUGAGUCCCAAAGAGAUCGUGGACCGGGUGAUUUUGGGCGAGUGGCCCUGCCUGCGGCCCACCGUGGACACGGAGGACCACCGAGAGAGUCCAAGUCCCAACGAGUCCAAACCCGAGGUGGGCCAGCUGAUGCAGCGCUGCUGGGCCGAGGAGUCGACUGAGAGACCAGACUUCAACCACAUCCGCCUGCUGCUGCGCAAGCACGGCACAGAGUCCAGGAACAACAUCCUGGACAACCUGCUGUCCCGCAUGGAGCAAUACGCCAACAACCUGGAGGAGCUGGUGGAGGAGCGCACCCAGGCCUACCAUGAGGAGAAACGCAAGGCCGAGGCCCUGCUCUACCAGAUACUGCCACACUCGGUGGCAGAGCAACUGAAGCGCGGAGAGACGGUUCAAGCUGAAGCCUUCGACUCAGUCACAAUCUACUUCAGUGACAUCGUUGGUUUCACCGCCCUGUCUGCAGAAAGCUCCCCCAUGGAGGUCGUGACUCUCCUCAAUGACCUGUACACCUGCUUUGAUGCCAUCAUUGACAACUUUGAUGUUUAUAAGGUGGAGACCAUCGGUGACGCCUACAUGGUGGUCUCCGGCCUGCCGGUGAGAAACGGGAAGCGGCACGGCAGGGAGAUCGCCCGCAUGGCGCUCGCCCUGCUGGCUGCCGUCCGAACCUUCAGGAUCCGCCACCGGCCGGAGCGGCAGCUGGAGCUGAGGAUCGGGAUUCACAGCGGUCCGGUAUGUGCCGGAGUGGUGGGUCUGAAGAUGCCACGGUACUGCCUGUUCGGGGACACCGUCAACACAUCUUCACGGAUGGAGUCCACUGGGGAAGCGCUGAAGAUUCACGUGUCUGCAGCGACCCGCGACGUCCUGAUGGAGUUCAACUGCUUCCAGCUGGAGCGCCGAGGGUCCGUCGACGUCAAGGGGAAGGGAACCAUGACCACCUAUUGGCUGCUGGGGGAGAGCGGCAGCCAAUGA